CACAAACUGCCCACAUCACCUCAAUUCCACCUCCUACUUAACACUUCUCUCAUCCCAUCAACCAACUUUUAUUUCCCCCUCCACCAUACACACACUCCGUUCAGUAACAGAAAAACCACCACCAUCGUCAUGGCUGCCACCGCCGCCGCAGCAGUAAGCUCAUCAUUUUCACCGUCCAUGCACACCCUUAAACGCACAAACUUUAAACACUUCCCAUCAGAUUCUUACUCACUCAAAUUUCCUUCAGCUAGAAUUUCUUUUGCUUCCAUAUAUUAUAACCAUCGGUACUUUAUAGAGCCUGUUUCAGGGCGUAGAUUAGUGUCUGCUGCCGUUGCUCAAGAUCAGGAAGAAGCGGUAACUGCUCCGGUUGGAGACGAUGAACAGCGGGAAUUAGGCGAAAAAGGCGAAGUAGAAGCUAAAUCUGAGGCAGAGGUUAUUAACACUAAGCUUUAUUUUGGGAACUUGCCUUAUAAUAUUGAUAGUGCACAGCUUGCUGGUAUUGUUCAAGAUCAUGGCACUCCUGAACUUGUUGAGGUUCUUUAUGACAGAAAUACCGGUAGAAGUAGAGGUUUUGCAUUUGUGACAAUGAGCAAUGUGGAAGAUUGUAAUGCAGUCAUUGAGAAUCUUGAUGGAAGUCAAUACAUGGGUAGGAUCUUGAGGGUGAACUUUUCAGACAAACCUAAAUCAAAAGAACCAUUAUAUCCAGAAACAGAGUACAAGCUUUUUGUUGGAAAUUUAUCAUGGUCAGUCACAUCUGAAAGCUUGACGGAAGCUUUUCAAGAAUAUGGAAAUGUGAUCGGAGCUAGAGUUUUAUACGACGGAGAGACCGGAAAAUCGCGAGGUUACGGUUUCGUGUGCUAUCCUACGAGAGAAGAGAUGGAAAAGGCGCUUGAAUCUCUUAAUGGAGUGGAGGUCGAGGGACGAGCAUUGCGCGUAAGCUUGGCGGAAGGAAAGAAGUCGUAACUUAAGGGUUAAGUUAUGGUAAAUGAAAAUGUUGAUCUAUGAAGGGAUGGGAAUGAACACAAUUGAGUUCAAUCAGUUGAGAAUGAAGGAAAAAAAAAUACUAGAAAAUUAAUACAACAAAGCAAUCAUAUUGGCAUCUUGAAAUUCCAUUUUAAUUGCGGAUUUUGUAUAGCUGCUGAAUUUCUCCUUUCAUAUGUUUUCAUGGAUAUGCAUUUUGAUAAUAGAAUAUGAUGUAAAAACUUCCCAUCAUCAUUUGUUGAAAUUAGAGAGCUGUUUUUCUUACCAA